CCGAGAGUAACUCCAGAGGUGCGGCGGGCGAGCGGAGGCUAUGGCCACGUUAGCCAGGCUGCAAGCCCGGUCGAAGAGUAUAGCACAGCAAUAUUACUACAGGAACAGUGUUGUGGAUAUAUUUCGAAAAAAGGAGAAUGAUGCAGCAAUUAAAAUCCAGAGCUGGUUUCGAGGAUGUCAAGUUCGAGCAUAUAUCAGGUAUUUACACAGAGUAGCAACAAUUAUUCAGAAACGAUGGAGAGGUUACUUAGGCAGACAACAAUAUCAAGUAAUUGUGAAGUUAGCGUAUUACACUAUGAAGAUGAAUCUCUACAAUGCAAUGGCUGUCAGGAUUCAGAGGCGAUGGCGGGGGUAUAAGAUCCGGAAAUACUGCUUUAAUUAUUAUUAUUUGAAGGAGUACCUGAAAGCUGUUUCUGAGACGAAUGAUGCGAUUAGGGAGGCCCUGGAGGAGUUUGCAGAGAUGAAAGAAAGGGAAGAGAAGAAGGCAGACCUCGAAAGGGAGGAGAAAGAAAGAGAUUACCAGGCUCGAAAGAUGCAUUACCUCCUCAGCACAAAGCAGAUUCCAGGAAUAUAUAAUUCACCGUUCAGAAAAGAUCCUGACCCAUGGGAGCUGAGGCUGCAGAAGGCUAAGCCUCUAACACACCGACUCCCUGAAGUGAAGCGGAAGCACUCCGUCUGCCUUAGCGACUGGCUCGCUUGCACCAGCGCCCGGUCCUUUCCUCGGUCCGGAGUUCUGCCCCCUAUUGACAGGAAACGCUGUCAGGGACCAUUCCGCGACAUUUCAGAAGUUUUGGAACAGCGCUACAAGCCUCUGGAACCGACACUGCGGGUGGCGGAACCCAUUGAUGGGCUGACCGAGGCCAGAGCACAGCUCCAGAAGCAGGAAUGGGCGCGAAAUGUGAAUGACAAUAUGUUUUUGCCAUUUUCUUCCUAUCAUAAAAACAAAAAAUACGUCCCGACAAUGCAUUUAUCAAGCAAAUAUGGUCCUGAUGCUUAUGGAACUCAACAUUUCCGAGAUGAAAAUCCUAAGAGAUGGAUCUGUAACAAGGAUUUCCAAACUGUAUUGCCAUCAUUUGAUCUCUUCUCAAAGUACGGAAAAAUGUAUUCAAAAGCUGGACAAAUUGUGUAAAGUCUUGCAGUUGAGUUCCUGUUCAUCAUGCCAGAGAUCAACUAAAUUCUCAGAAACAGAUGGUGUUCCCUUUACUACCAACUCAUCCCUCUGUAGUUCUACAGUUGGCAAGGCCAGAUGGAGUCACAUCCUGAAAUUAAACUUCUCACCAAAUUCUUAUAAAGUAAGCAGACGUGUUAUUAAUAUGGACUUCUGGACGUGGAACAAUACACAGAGAUGAUUGAUUAGAAACGCUAAUUAAAGGCAACAAAGUGGAAGGACUGAAGCAGUGAGUUCAUUCUGAAAAUAAGGAGCGGAUUUAUAUCCCCUAUUCUUUGAGUCACAAAACUGAAUCAGGAAUAUAUUCUCAGGUG